AUGCAGAGCCAUGUUCCCUUUGGAUACCCAACACCACCUGCUUCGCCAACAUACGACAAGUACCAGUUCCAACCGCAACAGCAGCCACAAUACGCUCGCCACUUUCAACCUGUGCGAUGCGUGCCUCUGGCCCCGGAGCAGAGACUAGGACGUCUGCUGGAAGGCAAGCUGCAGCUUACUGACAUCCUCGGCACUGGCGCCUACGGUGUAGUCUACUCGGCCAUUGACAUCAAGACGGGCAUCCGCUAUGCCGUCAAGUGUCUGAGCAAGUACAACGCCGACGGCACGCCUCUGGAGCGCCGCCAAGUGGCCUAUCAACAACGCGAGAUCAACCUGCACUACAAGGCGUCGGCGCAUUCCAACGUCGUGUCCAUUCACAAAAUCAUGAACGACGUCGACUGCAUCUACGUCGUUCUCGAGUACUGCCCCGAGGGCGACCUGUUCCUCAACAUUACCGAGCGCGGGCACUACGUCGGCAACGACCUGCUGGCCAAGCAGGCCUUUCUUCAGAUUCUCGACGCUGUCGAGCACUGCCACAAGCUCGGCAUCUACCACCGUGAUCUCAAGCCUGAGAACAUCCUGGUGACGGACCAGGGCGAGACUGUCAAGCUGGCCGACUUUGGCCUGGCCACAGCAGAGGACCGUUCCGAGGACUACGGCUGCGGUUCCACCUUUUACAUGAGCCCCGAGUGCCUCGAGCCAACCACGCGGAAGCCCUACUACAUGUGCGCUCCCAACGAUGUCUGGAGCCUCGGCGUCAUCCUGGUCAACCUGACCUGCGGACGCAACCCGUGGAAGCAGGCCUCUGUCCAGGACUCUACCUACCGCGCACAUGUCCGCUCUCCGGGCUUCCUCAAGACCAUCCUGCCCCUGACCGACGAGCUCAACGACAUCCUCGGACGCAUCUUCCACCCCAGCCCCGAGAUGCGCAUCACCAUGGCCGAGCUUCGCAGCCGCAUCAUGUCGUGCUCCAGCUUCACCGUGCCCCCGGCCAGCCCCGAGCCCGCUGCUCCCAUGGAAGAGCUCAUGCCCGAGGAUGUCAUGAUUGACGACUACGACUACGAGGAGGCGCUCUCACCUGCCUCUGACUACUCCGAGGAUGGAUCCCUGGCCUCGAGCGUGUCCACCGUCGACGACCUCGACGAGGACUUUAUGCAGGAGCAGGAGAACAUGGGCGACAUGAUGCCGCAGACAUACGAUGCCGACGACGCCAUCAUGUCGCAGGCCGUCUACCAGACGCACGAGUACAUGCCCCAGCAGUACAAGGGCCCCGUCCCUGUGCAGACACCCAUUCAAGUCCCCAUCCUCCCCUCGCAGCAAGCUCUCAUGCAGCAGCAGAUGGCUAUGCAGGCGCCCGCCCCAAUGCCCUCGCAACCCCCUUGCCAGCCCAAAUCCUUCUUCCCUCUCUGGGAGGUGGUCAAGCUUGUGCAGCAGGCGCCCGUCAUGCAGCACCCUUCUCCAUUCCACCAACAGGUGUCCUUUCUUCCUUCAUUCCAAGGCUACUAA